UGAUAUCUCAAAGAAAUACUCUUAAUUCGAAGAGUCUAAAUAACCAAGUGUAUCUUUGGAAACUAAAAAUGGAUGGAAAAGUUUCCAAGUCGAAUAAGUUAACUGCUUCAACGAUAGUUGCCAUUGUUUCGUUAGUCGCUCUCUUGCUGUGCUGUGGUGAGUUUGUACGUAUCGAGAUGAUUCUGAAGCAACAAAACACGAAAAUACAACAGUUGGAGAACAAGAUGACCUUUCAAGCAGUCAAUGUCGACAACAGCCUCGACAACAUGGGUGCAAACAAAGGAAAAGGCCUCGAACAACUUGCUUUGGACGUCAAAGAAUGUUGUGGAAGGACCAAGAAACGAAUGCAAAGAAGUUUCGACGGGAAUGAACCACUAUUACAGGAAGAAAUUAACGACACGAAGAGUGAGAGCCGUCUUUUUGAAAAACUGAYCAAACUAAUGGAGCAGCAAGUGAGCAAAGCUAUCUCUGCUAAGAACUUUAUCGCUAUACGAGGUAGAAGAGGCAAAAGAGGACCCAGAGGACCACAAGGACCCAUGGGUAAACCAGGUAGAACAGGCAAGCAAGGAAUACCGGGACUGAAAGGUGAUCCAGGACAAAAUGGAGUUGCCGGUCCUCGAGGCAUGCCGGGACCGAAAGGGGAUCGCGGUCCUUCGUUAGAACCUCCAUCAGUUGUGAUCUCUUCGCCUAAAUUGAUCGUCAAUGAAAGCAAACCAGCCAUUUUCCACUGUUCUGCAAGUGGAUAUCCUCGACCUGACAUCGUUUGGAGUAAAAGGGAUGGUUCAUUGGCCUCCAACAGAUCCAUGAUUGAUGAUACUGGUAAACUGUUGAUAAAAGACGUCACAUUUAAUGACUCAGGGAUAUAUCAGUGUCAGGCUUCUAGUAUCCUUGGGAAAACACAGACAACCUCAAGACUCGAGGUAAAUUUCCGUCCAAGAUUAAUAUUAAAGAACGGACCAAUCUACGCUAGGUUAGGAGACAAUGUUACUCUUCCCGUGUGUCGCGUGACUGGGCAUCCACAACCGGAAGUUGUUUGGCGAAAGUCACUUGGCCAAUUACCUGAUAAACGUUCUCAUAUCGAAGAGAAUAAAUUAACUUUGGUCAGCUUACGAAAAGAAGACUCCGGGACGUAUUUUUGUAAGGCUGAAAAUCAACUUGGAUUCGAAGCAGCAGGAUGUAUGCUAGUCGUGGUACAGUUGCCUGUUUUCAUCGCUCGACCUCCGCUUGUCGUAAACGUCACACUCGGCUCGACCAUUAUGCUCAAUUGUUCAGCUCAAGGUGACCCUCCACCGUUAAUCAGCUGGAGAAAAGAAAAACAAGGUCUUCCAGUAGGACGGUAUGAAAUACGUCAUGGUUCAUUAAUGAUAAAAAAUGUGCUCAGCUCGGACUCAGGUGUGUACGUGUGCACCGCUACGAGUGCUGGCGUUGCUGAUACAGAGACUAAAACACGAAUAACAGUCUACUACGAUUGUGCCGAUAUCUACAAAUCAGGUGAAAGACGUAGCGGUGUGUACACAGUAAAACCAGACAGUCAAGGACCCUUUCAAGUGUACUGCGACAUGACAACUGACGGAGGGGGGUGGACAGUGUUCCAAAGAAGAAAAGAUGGAUCUGUUGAUUUUUAUCUUGGAUGGCAGCAGUACAAAACAGGCUUUGGAAACCUGAAUGGCGAGUUCUGGUUGGGUAAUGACUACAUCCAUCGAGUGACAACAAGAACACCCUCGACUCUACGUGUGGACCUGGAGGACUGGAGUGCAGUAAAGUAUUUUGCCAAGUAUGGUAGUUUUAGUGUUGGUUCUGCAUCAGACAAGUACAGACUUAAGGUUGGCUCUUAUUCGGGUACUGCUGGAGACUCACUGUCGUACCAUAAUAACAUGUUCUUUACUACCAAAGACCAACAUAAUGACGAGUAUGUUGUAAACUGUGCGUCUUUAUAUAGUGGUGCUUGGUGGUAUAAGUCUUGUUUUUAUUCCAAACUCAAUGGGAAGUAUUUGGGAAACACCAUUAAUGGGAAAGGGAUUGUCUGGAGUCAUGCAAAAGAUAACUAUUAUUCAUUCAAGCGUUCAGAAAUGAAAGUACGACCCAAAACAUUUUAAUGUUAUUGUUUGUUUCGCUUCUACUAAGACUUCUCUCGUGUUCCGUCAAUCCUCAACGACUGCAUGCAGCAAGUACGCACUGGUGUCAUUACUUCAGUACAGCACAGUCCUCGACCAAUCAUAGUGCUUGUUGCAAGGUGACUAAAUAAUAACCCCAAAUGUGUAAAAGCUUAGUUUAGAAUGAAACAGAUUUAGAGGGUGUACUGACAGCGCUUGAAUAUGGAUUACUUUGUGUAGCUUCCUUUCGAUAGAUGAGAACUGGAACAAAUCUACUUCAUGAUAUCGAUGGACAUGACAAUCUUAGAUACAUAAUUAGAUUCAUGAAAUCAUGAUCAUCUGAAAAUAUAUAAAUAUACUGAUGUAUUUGACGCUUCUGCGCAUGACAGCAUCCAUAUAUUUAGUUUUUCAAAGCCACCAGACGACAGCCAUCAGCUUCCCUCAAUCAAACAUUCAUGCACUAAAUCAAACCGUUUAUGUAAACUGCGCACCGUCGGCUUCCAUUGAUAGCAGUUGAAUUUCAACUGAAGGAACUACCGACGUUGAAUAUAGGUACUUUACCUUUUUAUGUGUGUGUUUUUUGAUGGACGGAAGCCAAAACACGAGAAAACGUCUUGAGUUUUCUGAGCAUCAAAUUUUUGAGAACAUUCCGGCCCUGUUGUAUCGGCUAUAAAAUCACGAACCGGGGGCGAGCUCAGCAUGAUCACGUGAGGUUAUUCAAAGAAACUAAAGGUACUUUGUGAUUGGAUUGAGGAGCUCAGCAUGAUCACGUGAGGUUAGUCAAAGAAACUAAAGGUACUUUGUGAUUGGAUGGAGGAGCUCAGCAUGAUCACGUGAGGUUAGUCAAAGAAACUAAAGGUACGUUGUGAUUGGAUGGAGGAGCUCAGCAUGAUCACGUGAGGUUAGUCAAAGAAACUAAAGGUACGUUGUGAUUAGAUGGAGGAGCUCAGCUUGAUCACGUGAGGUUAGUCAAAGAAACUAAAGGUACUUUGUGAUUGGAUGAAGGAGCUCAGCUUAACCACUUCCAGUCAUUUUGACUUUGACUUAUGAAGGAAUGUAUGGAGUUCGACCGCAUGGUUAUCGGGUUUGCGGAGUAAAAUUCAAAUUUUGUUCUUAUUGAAUCACCAAAUGACCAAUGAGUAAUCGGUUUAUAAAAUUUGUUGUUGUUUGUUGCUCGACAGGGGAAUGUUUUGUAUUUUGGGGCAAAAAAUAAGAGUUACAACACAACUUUCAUUAAUUCAAUUGUAGUUUGAUUCACAGAGUACCUUCUAUUUCCUGAAACAAAUAAUCAUACAAAGAAUGGUUCACGAGCUCCACUGAAGCAAGCACGCGCUGUAAUCUCUGAUGCAAUUGACUGCAGUCUAAUCAAAUUCACGUGAGAAUCGAAAACUAUAAGGGGUAAAACCUUUAAAGUAUUUUCUUCUAUUAUCUAACUGUACCCUAGCUUUUUCUUUAACAAAAUAUUCCAUAGAUUUUAAAAUAAAAAACGAUUCUUGCAAUAAUUAUAUCAUCAUGAAAUAAUUCAAAACUUUUAUUUACCCGUGAUAUUAUUACGCUUUUCAGAAGCAAAACGUUUCCAGUCAGAUAAAUAACUUUCAUCGUAUUGAUUCUAAGAGGCAAUGUCCGCAGAAAUCAAACAAAAUCAAAUAUCGGUGGCCACGUUGAAAAAAUUGAUUUUGUUCACAGAUGUCCAAAGAUGUGGAAUACUACCCAAAUAAACGUACUGAUGUUCAUUUUGAACCGUGAAAAUCGAUUUUGGCCGUAGGCGCCCUCAAUUCAGCCUAAAUCUCAGGUGAUAAUGGUAGGUCUAAGAAAGGCGCUCGCGCAUUAAAAUGAAGCAAACUAGAGAAGUUUCUGUUUUUGGAAUGUGGUAAAGAAAAGAUAUAGAGGAUAUUACAUGGGCGCGCGGAGAUACGAAAUUUUUAUUUUUUUCCGGUCCGGUAUCCUAAAAAAUCGUGCGCUCUGAUUGGCUGUUUGAUCAGGCGGUAUUUUGUAAGUAUCUGCCCGCGCUCGCGGACCGGUAUCCUUUGCCGCUAAACAACAAAACGAAACGAUUACAAAAACAAGUAAAA